AUGGCCUCUCGGCGGAUCACACGGGAGACGUUUGAUGCUGUAGUGCAGGAGAAAGUUAAAAGGUACCGGAUGGAGCGGGGUGACACCAUGGAGGACACGAUCCACCCUUUUAAAGCUCAUUCAAGGCCUGUCCCAAGACCAAGAUAUGAAGGCAGUUUCCAUGAUGAUGGAAGAUACGCUCAUGACAACGCCCAGCACCAUCCACACAACGACUGGAGUGAAGAUGCCAGAGAUGAUUAUCCAGGACCUUCUUACAGACCAACUAGUCCUCUCAUAAGGAAAGAGAACUAUUACCACGAACAGUAUGGACACCCGGUGUCUCGUGACUGGGAAUUUGUUCACCCAGCAUCCCAUGACCGGGAAUAUGGGCGUCCAGCUUCCCAUGACCGGGAAUAUGGGCGCCCAGCACCUCACAAUCAGGAGUACGGGCGCCCAGCUUCCCACGACCGGGAAUACGGACACCCAACUUCCCAUGACCGGGAGUAUGGGGGCUUGGCUUCUCAUGACCAGGACUAUGGUCCUUCUGACUCUUGGGAAUCUACUGGACCACAUGAAAGUGAUUUUAGUUCUUCAGAUAUUUUAGGUGAUUUUAGAUCACCAGGACUCAUGGAAGGUGAAUAUGGCAACAUGGAAAACCAGGAGUAUGAUGUGGACUUUGGAAUUCAAUCUGACAGCGGGGAGUUCCGACCCCCAAUACGGAGGGGCAGCCUUAUCAGGGGAAGAGUUCUGAGAGGAAAACGUAUUACAAGGGGUGUUCUUAAAACUAAAGUAUUCAAAGCAGAGAUCAAAACUCCCCUAAAGAAAUGGAACACUAAAAAACUGCCCCCGGGCCCUGAUCAGAAGCCAGCUCUGCAACCUGAUCAAAUGCCAGAUGCUGCUGAACGCCCCAACCAGAGGCCGCUGACCCUCCAACGCCCUAAUCAGAAGUUGCCACCACGACCUAAUCAGAGGCCAACUAUAACAACCCAGAGACCUAUUCUCAGGCUGCCAAAACCUGCUCAUGUUUUCAGAAAUCUCACUUUUGACCUUGUGGAUAAAUCAGACAUUUUUUCAACGUUUGGAAUAGAAAUUAUAAAAUGGGCUGGGUUUCACGCGAUAAAAAACGACGCAGAAUUUUCCCGCCUUUUUGGAGCUCUCUUUGAACUAGAGACAGAAACCUGUGCAAAAAUGCUUGCUUCCUUCAAAUGUUCCUUAAAGCCAGAACACAGAGAUUAUUGUUUCUUUACUAUCAAGAGUUUACAACACGCUGCUCUGAAAACUCCCAAAGUGGACAAUGAGUUUUUAAAUAUGUUAUUGGACAAAGGUGCUGUGAAAACAAAGAACUGCUUCUUCGAAAUAAUCAAACCUUUUGAUAAAUACAUCAUGAGGCUACAGGACCGCCUCCUCAAAGGUGUUACACCACUGCUUAUGGCCUGCAAUGCUUAUGAAUUAAGCAUUAAAACGAGUGGUUUUGGUAAUCCAAGAGAAAUGGCAAGUGCUUUUGAGACCACUGUUUCUCUUUGUCGUAAAUCUUUAGCGCUUCUGGGUCAGACCUUUGCGUUAGCAUCUGUUUUCAGGCAAGAGAAAAUACUUGAAGCUGUAGGGCUCCAGGAAAUGGCUCCAGCACCAACAUUAUUCCCAAACUUUGAUGAUUCAACAUUGUUUGGAAGAGAGUACAUUGAAAACUUGAAGGCUUGGUUGGAGAAGAGUGGAUAUCCAAUUCAGAUGAAAAAAACUGAACCAGAGUCCACUGUACAGCUUAAAACACCCUCUCCUGACCCAAAUGUUAAAAUCAGAGAUAAUACAGUGCAUUUUUUUCUUCCUGCAGCCCCACAGCGAGCUGAUCGGAAAGUUGUAGAGACAAUUGAUCAGCUAGUGAACAGCAUUGUUUCAGGAACCUUGUCUGCCAAAGAGAGAAAUGCUCAGAAGAACUGCCCUGAAUAUUGGUUCUUGUCUGAUGAAGAUAGUCUAGAAUACAAGUAUUACAGACUGAAGUUGUCAGAGAUGCAAAGGCGGACGUCGUCUGGAAAGGAAGCGGGUGGUGAGGGCAGAACACUAGAAGAAGCUGCAACAGAAUCAGUCAGGGCCAUGUUGUAUGCCAGGAAAGUUGCAAGUAUUAAGAGAAGGCUAUUUAAAAGAAAAAGGCUUGGAAUUAUCCCACAACAUGGUUUUCGCAGAAGGAAGGUGAGGAGAGCAACCAUAGGGACACAGACUGUGCUUUCAGCUGGUACAGUGCUGAAGCACCAAGACAAACAUCUUCAAGGUUCAGUCCAGUCAGCAUCUUCUGUAUCAGAAACCAACCUGUCUGAGAAGAAUUCUUCCCUUGAUACAACCUCCUCCUCACAGUGUGCCACCAGUUCAGAGAUCUCCCUGCCAGCAGAAGAAAGGGCAGAUUCUGAGGAUUCUUUAGCACCACCUGAACUUUUCCCACCGUUGUCCUCUCAAUUUCCUGAUGUGGAUGCUAAAACAAUGGAAACUGCUGAGAAGCUUGCCAAGUUUGUUGCUCAGGUAGGACCAGAAAUUGAGCAGUUCAGCAUAGACAACAGUGCAGAUAACCCAGAUCUUUGGUUUCUACAGGAUCAAAACAGUUCCGCUUUCAAAUUUUACCGAAUGAAAGUCUAUGAGUUAUGUCCAUCUAUUAACUUCAGUGCUGUGUCAGAAGCAACUGAUGCUGGGGAAAGUGCUAAACCUGGAGAGAGAAAUUUGGAUAUUUCAGAAGAGGAAGAGGAUGAAGAAGAGGAGGAAGAAGAUAAUGAGGAGGAAGCUGAGUUUGAAGAGGAGGCAUCAACUCCUGUUCCUGGUACCCUAUUUCCUCGCAAACGAAUCAGCAGCAAGUCUCUGAAAGUUGGCAUGAUUCCUGCAUCUAAAAGGAUUUGCCUCAUAGAAGAACCAAAAGUGCAUGAACCUGUCCGAAUUGCUUAUGAUAGACCUCGUGGUUGCCCAGUUACAAAGAAGAAGAAGAAACCAAAAGAUUUAGAAUUUUCACACAAGAAACUAACAAACAGGAAUGUGGGUUUCCAGAUGCUUCAGAAGAUGGGCUGGCAAGAAGGACAUGGCCUUGGUACACGAGGAAAAGGAAUCAGAGAGCCUGUAAAAGUGGGUGCUACCUCUGCAGGGGAGGGCUUGGGUGUUGCAGGGGAAGAAAAUAAAGAAGAUGCAUUUGAUGUUUUCCGUCAAAGAAUGAUACAAAUGUACAGGCAGAAAAGAGCAAGUAAAUAG